AUGCUUUCACAAUCAUUUUAUUUACUAGGCGAAUCUUCAGCCUCUGCUCGAGUGAUUGAAGUCGACCAGAAUGCCCAUUUGGAUGAUUUGAAAGAUUUGGUCGCAUCUCAUUUUGCGAUCGUCCAGGCAGAAGGUAUCGAAUUCCAGAGUGAAGGCGAAGCCAUUUCGGAUGUCCCGGCCAUUUUAUCGUCGGCCGAUCCCAUCGCCAUCACUAUCGACGGCCACGCAGUCCGCACAAUUCCUGGUCCCAAGGGUCUACCCUAUGUAGGAAACUACUUCGAAGUAUUUCCUGAUCAUCUGGGCAACCAUCAACGCCUCUUCGAACGCUAUGGGCCAGUCUUCAAGACAACCAAUAUGGGCCGUCCCUCUUACCACACCAAUGAUCCAGAAAUUGCCGCUAUUGCCUUCGCAGAGUCAGAUUUCUUCACAAAGAAGAUCACAGAGGACCAUCCACUUUUCGCCAUCAAGACACCCAGCGCUGGUGUUUUCUUGGGCGACACCGACACACCUGAAUGGAGGUUGACGCAUAAGUUUCUGCCCCCUGCUCUAGGACCCAAGGCAGUACGACACUACGCGCCCAAGAUGCAAAAGACAGUUGAACAAGCCUUCUCUGUGUUUGACCAGCUGGACGAGCGUGGUGAAUCUUGGAAUGUUUACAUAUACAUGCUGAAGCUGGGUUCUCAAGCUGUGGCUGAGUUGAUGCUCGGUUUGGACAUGAACCACUUCGCGUCAGUGGACGCACCCGUGCACGAAAUUGUCCGUUUGAUUGCGCAGUCGCUCUCGCUGAACAAACAAGUCAGUUCGUACGGUAGCUGGUACGCCAAUCUGCCGUUUGGUCCACCCAAGCAGCUCCGAGACAUCAAAGAACGCAUGGAGAACAUGAUUGGAGAAUCCAUCGAACGAGCCAGUAGCGGUGGUGUCGAAGAUUUGCCUCUACAAGAUGCUGCAGAACGAGCGGCGAACAUGGUCGACUACGCAAUCCGUGCGACUGACAACAAGGGUGACAAACUACCCAAGAGCAGUCUGAGGGAAGCUCUCGUCGUCGCCACAGGUGCCGGUUUCACAACAACGUCAUCUCUACUCUCAUGGCUCAUUUACGGCCUUGUCACAUACCCGGGCGUGCAAGAAAAGCUUCUGCAAGAGCUCGUUGACAACGAUUUCAGCGACGAUUUGCAGAUCACCUCCGAUUUCACUGAUAAACUUGUGUACCUCGACCACUUCAUCAAAGAAACCCAACGCCGACACAACCCUUCUUUCCAACCUGGCCGAACCGCCAAGGUUGACAUGAUUCUACCAGGUGGCUACAAGCUACCCAAGGACUCUGUCGUCAUUCCCGCCCUGCACCACAUCCACAACAACCCUGCGCUGUGGGACAACCCAGCGAAAUUCAACCCCGAUCGAUGGGAAGUACCUGACAAGAACCGCCACAAGGCAGCGUAUAUACCAUUCGCAGCUGGACCGCGUAUGUGCAUCGGGUUCAACUUCGCGUUGCAGGAAAUCAAGAUCUUCCUGCCGAAGUUGGUAUGGAGGUACAAGUUUGUGAAGGAUGGAGAUGAGACGAUCGAGUACGAUCCUAUGUUCCAGUUGAUCAGGCCAAACAAUCUGUAUGUGAAAUCGGAGAAGCGCGCGAAGUGGCCGCCCAGAUCGGAGGACGAGUCGCUGUCGGAGAAGGUGUAG